AUGAUCUUAUUACUAACGAUCAGAAAAGAAACAGAUUGGGUAAGACCGCACUCACAGCACCUUGAAGGCGCUGGCAUGUUGCGUGCAAGUUGUAAACAAGUCAAGCUGAAUGUGUAUCUACCUCCCAACCCUGAUGCUCUGAGCAUCCAUGCAUCAUAUACAUUUAUUUCACACAGUCAAGGAUUAGCUGCACGAAGUUCACAAAUUCUCACUUCACAGUCCUCAUCAGAACAGCAGGUUGAUAUCCGGAUGGACUUAGAAGAAGGACCAGCCUUAGAUUAUGGUGAUUACACUUCGGAAGUACACAAACCUCACUUUGAAGUUGAAGCUGAAGUUGCUACUAUGAAGAAACGGAUUUGUACAGCGGGUGGCCGCGGAGAUUAUAUUCAUGACACCAUCUGCAGGAACUGUUACUCUGGCACACCACAUUUUCACUGUAAGGAUUGCUUUGGCACUGAGUUGUACUGCCACACCUGUGUUGUUACAAUGCAUGCUAAAACUCCAGUGCAUCGAGUUCAGGAGUGGACGGGUUUGUACUUUGUGCCUGUCUCGCUGAAGAAACUAGGGCUGUGUGUGCAGCUUGGUCACCCAGCAGGUGAAUUCUGCUUGCUGCCUCAGAAGGUGGUCAAUGAUGAUUUUACUCUCAUUGACUCCAAUGGAAUACACGAGAUUGGCCUUGACUUUUGUGGUUGCAAAACUGCCAAGAGACACACUAAGCAGUUGCUUCGCAUAACCUGGUUUCCAGCAACGUCCACCAACCCACGCACCGCAGCUACCUUCCAAAUCCUUGAGCAAUAUCAUCUACUAUCAUUUGAAUCCAAAGUUUCAGGGUACGAGUUUUACCACUCCCUUGCUCGUAUGACCGAUAACACAAGACUUCGACCUCAGAAGGAUCGCUACAAGGCAUUUAUGCAGAUUCGAGCAGGCCGAGGUCAUGACCCUGCUGGUGUGGAGAACACAGGAAAUGGUGAAUGCGCUGUGAUAUGCCCGGCUUGUCCGCAGCCUAGCAGAAACCUUCCUGACAAUUGGGAAGAGGCGCCAAAAGAAACACGCUGGCUAUAUGGUCUUUUUCUAGCCAUUGAUGCUAAUUUCCGACUCAAACGACGUAUGGUGUCGAAAGACAGUGCUGACCCUGGCCUUGGUAAUGGAUGGGCAUAUUUCGUGGAGGAGACUGCAUACAAGAGAUACUUACAAUCUCAUAACGGCACACUACAACAGAAAAGCACCUGUUCGUCGCAUAACGCAGUAAACAUGGCGGACACGAAGGUAUCUCAAGGUCUAGCUGCAACGGGAGUCGGUACCAUUGAUUGUGCGCGACAUAAUAUGAAACUGCCAAACAGUGUUGGUGACUUGCAAAAAGGUGAAAAAUACACGAAUAUGGAUAAUCUCUUCUUUUCAACUCUCCGUGGACACGCCAUCAGCACACUCAAUAUCUCAUAUGAUAUCGCCUGCCAGUGGCACAAGCAUCUCUGGGAGAGGAUGUCGGUUAUGUCCCCCGAACUUCAUCUCGACCAUGCAGCCAAGUUCAUAAGGUUUUUCAUGCCAAAAUUCCAUCUACCGGCGCAUGUUCUCAAGUGUCAGACUAUGUUCUCUUUCAACUUCUCUAGGAACGUUGGACGUACAGAUGGCGAAGCUCCUGAACGAGGUUGGUCAAACAUCAACCCAGUUGCCUCUAGCAUGAAGGCAAUGGGGCCAGGCUCACGGAGAGAUACGCUCGAUGAUCAUUUUGGCGAUUGGAAUUGGAAAAAGGUCGUAGGACUUGGCAAUAAGGAAAGCAAGGCACAUCAGAUAGUGUUUGAAGAACUUCAUGGAGUUUUGAAGCCAGAGACAACGGAAACAUGGAAGAUUGAAAUUGAAGACUGGGAAGACAAUCCGAAUGACUCGUCAGUCACCAAUCCCUUUGAAGCAAAGGUUAUUCCCAUCACACAAGCUGCAGUUCAUCUCAGACUUGCCCAACUGGAAGCAGCUGAGCUACAGCAAGGGACUGAUGUUUCCAUGCACACUGAUGUAUCGCCGAGUAUAUUCAUCGCGUCAGGAAUCGAUCUGGAGAGUGAACAGCGUCGUUUGAAAGUGUAUCGCAAGAAGCAGGGUCGCCAUCCUACAGAUACACAAUUGGAAUGCAUUACAAGCAAAAUCAAUACUUGGAGACAUCUCCAAAUACUCUACACACCUGCAGCACAGCUCAUGGAAUCCAGGGCCGAGUCGCCUACCUCAGACGUGAUCGAAUCUGAAAACUCCCAACUCUGGCUCCCGUCUGCUCUGUGCAGCAAGCACAAGCAUUGCAAUGAACGACUCCUCACAACUGAGUGGGACUUACGAUACGCUCAGGCUGGAGACGCCCUCGAAGAAAUAAGGCAGAGCCUUCGCCUGCAGGACUACAUGUACACUUUCAAAAGGGACUGGAUCUGUGGUCAAAUCGCAAAUACUUGUGCGCAGAAUGCCCUUAGUCGUGUUGAGUCCAGGGCAAUGGCUGCUGCAGACAAGUAUCGUGCAGCUCUCUCAGAUCUUGCACGUGUCCUCCCAAAGGACGGCUGGGACCACAGAUACAAGGUACUUGACAAGAAGACUGACGUACGUGGGAUCGAAGGUCGAAGACAACUAUCAUGGAUCUGGCUGGUUGAAGGAGUCGGGGAUGAUAAAGAUGAGAUGGUACAAGAUAGUCUCAGGAUUGAAUGGUGCAAAGCUCGUGCGAGGUCCAUGCGAUGGGCAGAAGAAGUCGAGUUGCUCCAGGAGGAGAUGCGCUGGGUUUCCUGCUUUCUUAAGUGGCAUGCAACCUGGUGGAAAAAGAAGAUUGCAGAAUGCACGCUUGCCACUGCAGCUGAUAAUGAGGGUCUGAGUGGCUACGCUUGUCGUCAAGCUCAGCUUAGGGAGGAUCUCACUGAUUGUUUUGAGAAGAAGUGGGCAGGUGCAUUGGAGACUAUGGUGGCUUGUGAAGCCAACUUAGAUCUGUACCUUCCAGAAAUACGAGUCCCUUGA